GUGUACGUCUGAAAAUUUGAACGCGUGGCUAGUUGAUGUAGGGAUUAGUGGUUUGUUUGAAUAAAUUCUUGUAGUUUAAAAGUUUACCUGUAUGUUUUACGAAGAAAAUAAAAGGAUAUAACGCCUAACCAUCGUAAAGAAGUGCAGUGAACGCCAUAUUUGGUGCGCCAUCGUUAAAUAACGCACAAGUAUUGUGUAAGUUCGUUAUCUCUUAUUUACGUUUAUCACUUUAGUAACUGACCGUAAUAAAUUAAGGAAGUCGCCUCUCACGGCAGAAGAAAGAAGAAAUCCAUCGACGAACACAAGCUUGGCAAGACGGUCGACUGCGGACUGCAGUGUUCUCAUCUGGCAUUUAGGAGGUGAUGACGAGAUAGCGCGCUAUGGCUUCCUCACCCAGCACGGGCGGCCCCCUCAUGGGCGCGGGCAUCGCGGGCGACAUCCCUUUCGCCGACGCUGACGCUGUGGACUGGGAUGCCCCGCCCCCACCCUCGGCCGCCCCGCCGCCUGCCCCACCCAUCUAUUCCACCCCGCGCCCAGGCCUCUGUCGGCCAGUGGGCAGCGGCGCCCUCCCGCUCUUCUGCAACAGUGCCACCUCGCCGCCCGCCGCGCCCACGCACUUCUACUCCAAUGCCCCUUCCGCCGCCCCGUCCACCACUCCCUCGCCCACACGCUCAUCGAAUGGUCCGCAGACCCUCGCUGUCGUGGAGGAUGAGUGCGGUGCCGUGAAAGUGGCCACUGACCGACCACACCUGGUCUCGCUGGGCGGCGGGAGGCUUUCCACGGCCGUCACGCUCCACCCUAUUAACGAAGGGCGGACAGUGCUUGGUGCGGGCGGCAUGGGCGUGGUGCCAGAUAUCGUGGUGCUGGGCACGGGCGUCGAAGAGGAACAUUGUCUUCUGGAGAACGCAGGAGGAGUGGUCAGCCUCACGCCCACGAACGGCGGGGUAGCCAUCGAUGGACUCAAGAUCACGGCGCCCACGAGGCUUACACAAGGAUGUAUGAUCUGCCUCGGACGGAGUAACUACUUCCGGUUCAAUCACCCCCAAGAGGCCCAGUUGAUGCGCUCCAUCUUGCCCAACACGAGGAUCAGCAUGGUGCCCAUCAACUUCUACCCGGCUGUGGACAACCCGGAGUAUUUUCACAUGGCCGGCGAUGCCACGCCCGCGGAGGCGGACGACGCCGCCGACGGGGAGAGCAAGCCGCCGGUGCCGCCCCGAAGGACCACGCCCCUCGCCACCCCCGCCCCGCACGAUCAGGAGGGGCAGGACUUCAUGGACAAGGUGAACCGGUUCGAACAGCUGUCAAGUGUAUCAGUGGCGGAUGGGCUGCUGUGGGACAGCCCAGGCCAGGGCGCAGUUGGCAGGAGCAGGAGCAAUGGUGCUGACCACAUCUAUGACAACCAAAGUGACAGUGAUUCCGAUAUUCCGCCUGAGGUUCCACCGAGAUCAGAGGCGGCGGGCUCUUGCCAGGCGUCCUCUCCCCCUGUCAGCGGCAUGGCUGGUAGACUUGCCAAACCGCGCUACUUCGGCGAAUACAUCUACACCAAGAAUGAAAUGGCGCCUCCCCCUGUGGCGCCACGGCCACUGGCCAUCGCCGCUCGGCGCAGCCCUGCCAGCCCAACCUUGAAUGGUGCCGUCUCCACUGUUGUCUCCCCAUCAGGCAUGACCUCCGUCCACAACAUCAUGUAUCGCUCGCUGCCCCCGCCCCCUGGCCACGCCCCACAUACACCCAACACUUUUCCACCAGCACCCACAGUGCCCUUGCCCCCUGCACCUACAUCGCCGCAGCCAUCCGUACCCACCAGUGCCCUUCCGCCCAUGCCCGUGAGUCGGGGUGCUGGGCACCGGCGCACACCCUCCAGUGGGUCAAGCAUCGGCUCCUCUUCCAUGACCGGCUCAUGGACACCCGGAGUUGGGCUGGCGGGCGCAGGUCUCCCAACUUCAAGCUUGGCUAAAGAAGGAGGCACACGAUGCUCGCUUGAAGACCUAAGACACAGUGAACUUCGGAAGCAACAGGCAGUGGAAGACCGCAUGAGGGAGCAGGAGGCAGCAGCGGCGGAGCGAGCGCGCCUGGAGGAGAUCCUGACGCUGUGUGCCGAGUACGAGCGCCAGCAGGGGGGGCAGGGCAGCGCCGCCUCCCCUCGGCCCCCGGCUCACUCCCCGCACUACGCCUUGACUCAGAACAGGCAUGCCGGUCUCGACUUGAGCAAGCUGAAAGAGAGUUAGAUAUGUUGGAGGACAGAAGUGAGAAUUUCACUGGAACAACAGAUGAAGAAACAGAGAUGCUUGAGACUCUGAAGGCCCAGCAUGAAGCUGUUGAAGCAGAAAGAAAGUUUUUCUUUUACUAUAUUCGGUGGAAGAAAGCAAAGAAAGCAUUUGAAGACAUAGAAUUUCACCAGAUGGAGGCUGAGGCACACAGAGAAGCAGAGAGGGAAGAACUUAACAAAGAGGUUGCAGAGCUAAGGGAAAGGGUUGCAGCCAGACAAGUUAAAAUUGAAGAGUUAGAAAAUCAUAUGACUGAUAUGACAGCAACAGUUAGACAAGAAACAGAAAUACUAGAGAAAGAACGUCAGAAUCUCCUCACUAAGAUUGUAAAGGAGCGAGGACGUCUGACUGUUGCAGACCGCCGUCUCGGAGAACUGAUACGCUUAGGCCUCACACCCACCAAUGGCCAAUGUUCACCUGCUUGCUCGUCUGACACAGAAGAGAGUGGUGCUCCAGAGCUAGUUGAACGUCUUGCUAGAUUGCAGUUUCUUGACAGGUCACAGGAAGAUUUAGACAGAAUACAUCAGGUUACUUCAGCAACCCCACUUGGCUGCAAUGAUGGUACCCUUGGCCGCAAAACCUCGGCAACACUCAUGGAGAUUGAGCGUAACCGUCAGAUCCUGCUGGCGAAACAAGGAACAAUGGUCAUAGAGAAUGAACGCCGGCGAGUUGAAGAACUUAAGCGGAGAGUUGCAGAUGAAGUGAAGGCACAGUGGGAGGAAAAAAAAGCAAAAGAGCAAAGAGAUAUAAAUUGUGCUUCUCUGAAUAGUGUUGGCUCUGAAGACUCAUCCCUGACAUCCUCUGAUCUUCAUACGGAGAGCUUAUCGAGCGACGACGUGCUGGAGAAGCGGAGCAGCGGCGAGAGCGUGAGCCGAGACAUGCCACAGGUCAAGAUGAGGCAGCGAGAGAAUGAGCUUGCCAGUGGAGCAGAAGAAACGAGGCCUCUUAGUGAUGCAUCUUCCUGUUGUGAUCCAACAGAAGCAGCUGUCAAGUUCAGGGAAAAGGCAAGAAACCAGGAUCUUAUUAUCAAUUUUCAAAACUAUCAACAACGACCUCUAACAAGAUAUCUACCUGUCCGAAGUGAACAGCACUUUGAUCUCAAGCAACAUAUUGAAUCAGCUGGUCAUCAGAUUGAACUUUGCCCCUAUAUUUUGGUCUCUGCAACUGCAUGUCGAGGCUAUAUCCACAAAUUGGGAUCAAAGUUUCGUACUUGGCAGAAAAGAUGGUUUGUGUUUGACCGCUCAAAGAGGGCACUUAUGUACUACAGUGACAAGAGUGAGAAUAAACCAAAAGGUGGAGUUUACUUCCAGGCAAUAGAAGAAGUAUAUGUAGAUCAUCUACAUUCAGUAAAGUCACCAAAUCCCAAGUUAACCUUCUGUGUGAAGACCUUUGAACGCACCUUCCACCUAAUGGCCCCUUCCCCUGAGGCUAUGCGCAUUUGGGUUGAUGUCAUCUUUACUGGAGCUGAAGGUUACCAAGAGUUUCAAGGAGGCACUUGAGGAGGUUCAUUUAUACUAUGGCAAAAUAUAGAAAUGAAUUAGCUUUGUUAUCCUCUCUGCUUGGAUGCAUAUUUUUAUAAGAUUUUCGGAUGUCAUAAGAUUAAUGAAAGACUGAAUGUAUUCCAGAAGAGAAAACUAUGAACCCUAUUGAAUUUUUCUAUGUGACAACAACUACCAGAAUUGCAUUCUUAUAUUAUAUGUUACAGAAUGUGAAGCAUAAUAGGUGGUCUGGAAUAUCUUGUAAAGGCUCCAUUUUUAUCAGUAAUCUAGGAAGUAUUAAAUAUAACAUUUUACCUUUUUGGUGUCUAUUGAUAUGUGCCAAGAUGAAAGAAGUCAAUUUUUUAACUCUUUACACACUAUUGUUUUGGAUGCACAAUUCUAUGGUUGCCAAAGAAGGACCAUUGUUGAUUUAAAAGUAAAGGCAAACUUAACUCAAUGGCGGGAAAAAGCUAUGCUCAUUUUAGAAAUUUUUAAAAGAUGGCUCUGCAUGUGCCUAGCCACAAAGGAGUCAGUUAGUAGACCUUGUGACCUUACCUGAUAUCACCUUUCCUUGAAUUCUUGGGAAAAACAUUUUUUUACACUAUCAGUGUCAAUACCAUAUAAAUACUAUGAUGUUAUUGACAUUAUUAAUAGCAAUAUAAGAUAUUAUAAUUUUUUUUUCAAAAAUCAAGGAAAAGGGUAAACUUGUGAGACAGGUAGUAAUCGUAAUUGACUCACUGGUGACUUAGUACAAAUGGAGCCAUCUAUGCAUAAAAACAAUUAAUAAUGUAAACUCACAGUGAACAUGACAUGUGCAUACAUGCCAUGCCUGUUGGCCUUGGGUUAAUUGCUCAGAGUAGCCUAAAAUCCAUCUUUUUUCUGAGCCAUUACAAUUGUUUUAUAUUCAUAUGUGUAUUUUUUAUCUAACCAAAAGAUUCAUUUUAACUGCAGUCAGAAUUUAGUCCCAAUUAUGAUUGUAUUAAGGGACAUAUUUGUAAAUGAUUUAUACUUUUAUAAGGCAUUCAAAUACUGUUUUGUUCUUGCUGCUCAACAUUUUAUUUAUGCAAGCAAAUAUUAGGAGUGCAAUUUUUAUAGGUUAAAUAGAAAUUUUACACCUGGUGCAUAUCUACAUAGUGAAAUAUUUGGUUGAUGCAUUAUAAAACUGAAAUCUUCAUCCUCUAGGUAAAAGACCAUUAAUUAAAUUGUUAUGCAUAUACAAUCUAAAUAGGUGUAUUUUCAUGUGGGGUACAACAGUCACAGAAUAUUGAGUUUGAUCUCGUUUCUCUUUUCUCAUGUAAAAUAUGGUGGACAUGUAUUUCAUGCACCCCAGCAGUUGCAUUGAUUGUAUGAGAUAUUCAUGUAUUUAUUUUGUUUUAAAGGAUCCCCAUUGAAUGGGAUACAUAAUUUUAAGCCUAUAUAAUAUAAUAUUCGUAAUAUAAUGUUUUAACAAACUUAAAUUUUGUGAAAAAGAAUUUAGAAAGCUUAGAGUCUCAUAUCAAGAAACAUUGUUGAAAUACUUCAUCAUUUCAGUCUAACAAUCUUGAUAUCAGUUUCCUGUUUCAUCACUGACCAUUCAUAAAGGGCAUGUAGUUACUUAAAAAAAUGUUCACAUCCACGUUUUAGAUGUUGAGUUGAAGCAAUUUGGCACCAGCAUAUCUCAAAUAAAUUUUCAUAACAGAAUGAAAAUACCAUCUCUGCUGUAGAAAAUUUGCUUUCCCCAUUUCUUUUAUAUGUCAGCUUUGUCAGUAAUGGUAACUUUUAAGUGCUAAAAUUGGGUUGUCUAUGAGUAUACAAAUCAAGGCAAUGUGUUAAUGACUUAAAAAUCUUAAAUAUAUUUUCAUGUUGUGAA